AUGUUUGCCGUCCUAUUCUUCAACAAAUUUGUCUCCCAGAGCGGCAGUAGCCGCGACGGUCGCGCUGGCAUCACGGCCUCUCUCGUGCAGCGCUUGAUAGAUUCUCAGUUUCCUCGUUGGAGCGGCUUGCCCGUGAAACCCGUCGCAGAGGAUGGUCAGGAUAACCGCACGUAUCGCCUCGGCCGUAGUCUGACGGCAAGGCUACCCACGGCCGCUGCCUACGAGCAAGGCGUCGCCAAGGAGGAUCGAUGGCUAGAAGAGCUGGCACUCGCCCUGCCCCUGGAGAUCCCGUCGGUCAAGGCCCGCGGACGACCCGGGCAAGGCUACCCAUAUGCGUGGUCCGUUCGGGGAUGGAUCCCAGGUGCCACCUUGGAAUCGCGGCAGGAAGAAGUCGCUGACUGGGAUGCGAUCGCCGCUUCGCUCGGUCAGUUUAUCCAGGCGCUUCAGAAGUGCGACGCGACCGACGGGCCAGUCGCCGGGGCCCACUGCUGGUUUCGUGGCUGCUCGUUGCAUCGUUAUCAUGACGAGACGAUGCAGGCCCUGGCGGCAGUGCGCUCCGACUCGAGAUUCUCGUCUGCUGCGGCCGCUGCAGCUCAGGUAUGGACGGCUGCCUUGGCCGAAAAGGAGUGGGAGAAGCCCCCCGUGUGGUUUCAUGGCGAUUUGUCGGCGGCCAACUUGCUCGUCGGGGACGACGGAUACCUCGUCGCCGUGAUUGACUUUGGAACUUGCGGCGUUGGCGACCCAGCCUGCGAUUUGGUUCCGGCCUGGACAGUCUUUGCGGGCUCGGCCCGUCGGCGAUUCAAGGAUGCAGUCGCGCAGGACGCUGCUACUUGGGCACGCGCUAGAGGCUGGGCAUUGUGGAAGGGUUUGAUCACGUUAGCUGAUGAGACCAGGACACUUCAGGCGCGUAGCAAGGCGUUUGCUGUAGUUGGAAGCGUCAUUCAGGACCAUCAGCUUCACUUGACUUAG